UUCUUAAAUGUAUAUUUCUGACAAUAUUGUUUAGUCCUUAUUACAUUUAUAAAGUAAACUUUAUUUUUAUUCAUUGCAUCAUGCAUUUAAUUGCUCAAAUAUGUGUUAACCCAUCUCAGACAACAUGCUCUGAGUAACAGCAAAGAAUUAGCAAACAAAACUAGCAUGGUUAACUGGCAUCCUGCUUAUAGCAUAAGAAAUGUAAGGACUUUUAGUUAUUAACUUUUUUCCUUUUAGGAGCUAAUACCAAAACCUGACUGUUAUUCUUUAUGUUUGAGUUCCUUUAAGGUUUUGUUUUUUUCCCCUCCUGUUAAAUAGCAUUGUAACUGUGCUAGUAAUAAAAAAUAAUGUCCCCCUGUGACCUCAGCAAAGCAUACAACCCCUAAGCUCACACAGGAGUAACAAAAAUACAGCAACAAAUCUGAGCUUAAAUCUAUAAAUAUUGAAAUGUAAAAAUAUUUGACGUGUUUCUUGGUGGCAUUUAGUAGUCACUCAUUGAAACACACCAAACUUUCAUUAAAGUCUGAUGUGCUUCAGUGAGUGACUAUUAAAACUAAACUCUACGCUGGUGUAUACGAAAUAUGUUCUAAAGGUGUACAAUUAUCCUACCGUAAUAAAAAUGUAAACAUUUUUGGUAUCAAAAUUGUGAAAAUGCAUCUUUUUCAUGGUCGUGAACACAUAUUUACAACAAUUCCGAAAACACUUGAAGGCAGCAUAAGCUGUUGAAUGGAACGGGGAAAGAGAAAUGGAGUGAGUGAGUGGGCGUGUCUCAGAGCCAAAGGAACGCGAUGGGCGGGGCCAAAGCGAUAAGGUGAGUGAGUCAGCUUGGGAUCUUUGGUGGGGAUUUCAGCUGGGAACGUUGGACUACGUAGUGAGAUUGAGUUCACUGGGUAAGGUCAUCUAACAUCAUGGAAGAGUCAACAGACAGUGUGACUGUGACCAGGUCUGCUGAGUACAUCGGCUCAUUUCCUGUUGAUGACUGCUGUUUGGAUGAACAAGUUAAAAAGCUGCACUCGCAGCUGAAGUCCCUCAAGUACUACAAGCGUAGGCGCUACGUCUCCCUGAAAUUCUCCAUUAAAGGGGUGAAGGUUUAUAAUGAGGAUGAGACGACUCUUCUGAUGGCCCACGCACUGCAGCGAGUCUCGCUGUCCAUUAGCCGGCCCUCUGACUCUCAGUUUGCUUUCAUCGCCCACAAUCCUGGCAGCCCUGACACUCAGCUCUACUGCCACCUCUUCAAGGCCAGACACGCCAGAGCUGCCCAGUUCCUGAACCUGCUGCUGUGCCGCUGCUUCCAGCUAUAUUAUUUGGAGAAACAUCCAGAGGAUGCUGAGGCCAAGUCAUCUGGGAAGAAGCCGACUCAUAGCCCCUCCCUGCUCAACCAUGGUUUCCCGCUCAGCGUCAGUGCCCUGGUGUCCUUUCGCAGGGCGCCGACUCAGGGUCUGCUGUCGGUAACGAAGGCAGAGGUUUCUUCCAAACCCAGCAUGGAGUCUGUUAGCAGUCCAGACGAUGUCUUUCCCACGUCCCCUACACUCGUACGUAAGCAGGCCAUGAGGGACAAAGUGCUGCGCUCGGGGGCUUACCGUUCCUUCACCUGCACUCCUGUAAAACAACGGCACCUGCAGGAGCGCCUGAACGCUCCACAAGACAAGGGACAGGACCGUAUACCGGAAUUCAAGGUGCGCGCCCCAAGCUUGGCCGAAACCGAAGAAGCACUGGCUCAUGCCGUGUGGAUCUGGGCUGGCGUCUCUAGUGUCUGCAGCUCAUCUCUGCUUGCUGAAGAAGUCCUCGGUUCCUACUUGCUGUGUCCCCACCCCAAAGACCCCAGCGUCGAAUCUCUGCUCAUACGUUUUCCCUCAGGUCUGGUCAAUUUGGCUGUUAAGACCUCCAGUAGUGGAAGAUUAUUCCUUGAGAAUUGUCGUGUACAGUUUGAGAGUCUCACUGAGCUGAUCGAGCACUACACUGAGACCAGAGAAGAGCUGGAGGUGCCACUGAGUUGCACUCGUGUUAACCACUGUUACGAAUGGGAAGAGAGCAAAGUCCAGAUUAAGUGCUCACCACAAUGGAAAAACACCAAAAUUCAAUCCUAGGUUUAAAUCCUGGGUUCAGUGUUUUUAUCGGUGUAAAUAUCUCUAGUUUUAGACUCUCGACUCUUAAACAGGGAUGUGUUCUAGUUUUUCAUCAACUUCUAUACACUUUUAACCUUUAAUCACACUUGACCUCUAAUGUUCUGCACUUCAUACACAAAACACAAGGGGAUUAUGAUUGUUUUUCUUUUUUGUUCUCAGGAAUAGGGGCUCUUUUUUAAAAAAUUUUUUAUAUAUAUUUUAUUUAAUUUUUUUUUUUUUAUAAAAGUGGACACUAAACAAUACAGACUUCCCCCCCCUCUGACAGCCCUGUAACUUUUGUAUUGUAUGCAUGUCUAAAUUCUAAAUGUUGUGGGAUU